UUUCUUUUUCCUUCUAACCUUAAUACUAUUUUUUAGUUCUACUUCUGCGAAGGCAAGGAUAAUUCUCCUACAGUUUGGCGUCAAUAUAUGUGCACAUCUGGGCAAGUUUUUCACCCACAGCGUCAAGAGUGUGUUUCUCCUAGCGAGUUUCAGUGUCCUUGUCAAGAAGGGGAUUAUUAUUCUGUAGAGUGUGGAGAUUUCUUUCUCUGUGUUCAGGGCAAAUAUAUAAUUGCCAAGUGUCCCGAUUGGACUCAAUGGAAUGGGGAAGAGAAGCGUUGUGACCAAAAACCUUCAACCGAAUUUUCUGUGUGUUCUGAUGGCGAGGUACACCCCUCCUCAGAUUGCAAAACCUUUGAGGAAUGCCGAUCUGGGGUUUGGAGUAAAAGGUCCUGCCAUGAAUAUGCUAGUGAUAGACUUAAAGAUCCCUGCCAUUUUUGCAAAGAACAACAAACCGGAAUAAUAUCAAAUAAAAAAUCUGAAGAUUAUUAUCCAUUGGAGAAUCUAUUGCCUGAAGGAUUUAAUCCUUUUAAUGAGAAAAUUGGAAUAAAGCAGAGAAGGUGUAUUGAAGGAGAGAAAAUAAUAAAUAAGCAUGAUUGUACACACUUUAUGGAAUGCAUAGACGGAGAUUGGUUUAACCUUGCCUGCCCUACCAAUUAUUAUUUUAACACAAAAACAUUGGGGUGUGUGUUAGCAACAUCCUCAAUAAAUUCCUCUUUUGUUCAAAUUUGUCAAGAAUUUGAAAAUAAAAUUAAUUCAAAAUUAAAUGGCAACAAUUUAGCAUUAAAUAAAAACAAAAUUGAGUCGUUACAUUUAUUGCCCGUUUAUACGACCAAUAAUUCAAAAAAUGUUAAUAGAGCAAUUGGAGGGUUGGGGCCUCUUCCAGAAUUGAAUGAUAAAGUUUUGAAAGCUAAUUAUAAAUACAGUUUUGUAUUUUGCACAGCAAAAUCGCCUCUUCGAAUUCCAAAUUAUUAUGACUGUACAAAAUACAGUGAAUGUGCCCUUGAACUAGGAGGGUAUUAUACUGAAAAACAGUGUGCUUUGGGGACACAAUUUGAUCCUUCGUUAUUAAUGUGCACUUAUAAUUACACUUGUCUACCUACAAACUGUACUUCCGGUCUACGCCAACCCUUACCCCAUUGUGGAAAGGCUAAAGAAUGCCGCGAUGGAAAUUGGCACGAAUUUGAAUGCCCAAACUCUAUGGCCUUUGUAGACGGCAAAUGUAGCGAAUUAACUAAUUGCCAGAAAAAUUUAAUCACCAAUAAUGGCCAAUGUGUAGAAGGACAUACACUUGUACACCCUCGGGACUGUUCCAAAUAUUUACUUUGCCGUUACGGCCAAUAUGUUGAGGAAAGCUGUCAUUUGGGACAUCGCCAAUGUGACCCAAAAUAUGCAUGUUUAUCUACACAUAUACCCCCUUGUUUCGAAGGAGAAUUACGCCCAAUAAUUUCUCCAAAAACAACAGAAUGCCAAUCAGAAUAUGAAAUUUGUAGGGAUGGAAAAUUUUAUAAACAAAUUUGUCCUUAUGGUGAAAGAUUUUAUUUGGGGAAAUGUGAAGCUUUUGAUAAAUGUGGAAAUAAAAAUGGAAUAAAUAAAAAUAUUGGAGAGGAUAGUGAAGGAAUUUAUGAGAAAUGUCAGGCAAGAAUCCCCAGGCCCCUCAGGAUUUCGUUCAGACCGUCAAAACUGCUCCAAAUUUUACCAAUGUGCUGGAGGAAAAUGGAUAAAAAAAGAUUGUGGUAA